CCGGAAAUGGUCCAGAGCCGGCGAGAGGACGCGGGCGGGCAGACUAGAGCGGCUGGGUGCAACCGGGCCGGUGGGGCCGAGCCGGCCAUGGAGGAUGAGCAGAGCUUCUCAGAUAUCUGCGGCGGUCGCCUGGCCCUGCAGCGCCGCUACUACUCCCCGUCCUGCCGGGAGUUCUGCCUCAUCUGCCCUCAGCUCUCGUUGCGUUCGCUUACCGCUGUCACCUGCACCGUGUGGCUAGCCGCCUACGGACUCUUCACCCUCUGCGAGAACAGCAUGAUCCUCUCUGCUGCCAUCUUCAUCACCCUCUUAGGCCUGCUUGGUUACCUCCAUUUUGUGAAGAUUGAUCAGGAGACUCUGUUAAUUAUUGGUUCCCUUGGCAUCCAGUUGACUUCAUCCUAUGCCUCAGGCAAAGAAAGCACUACCUUCAUUGAGAUGGGCAAGGUGAAGGAUGUUGUUAUUAAUGAAGCUAUCUACAUGCAGAAGGUGAUUUACUACCUCUGCAUUUUAUUGAAGGAUCCAGUGGAACCACAUGGGAUAUCGCAAGUAGUACCUGUCUUCGAGAGUACCAAGCCCCGGCUGGACUGCUUGAUUGAAGUGUACAAGAGCUGCCAGGAGAUUCUGGCACACCAGAGAGCCACAUCAACAAGCCAACAAGUCCCAGUGUUGAGAAGGCCAGUCCUGUCUUCCAUGGGAGAUGACUCCUAAGCCAUAGUGGCUAGUUUAUUUUCUGUAUUCUAAAUCAUCAGGGGGACAACAAUCCUGGGACCCAGUAUGGGUGCAGUGGAUCUCAGAGCCAUAGAGCAGGCAACUGGAAACCUAACUCCCUGUGUGAUGUUGAACAAAGUAUUUAUAUGUA